ACUCCCGCGCACCAGUGAUUCACAAUUAUUCGAGACAAAAUGAUCGCCUUGCUACUGUGCGCUCUCGUCGCCGGGGCGGCCGCGGCCCCGCAGUUUGACUUCGACGACAUGUUCGAACAAAGACCCUUCUCCAACUACCACUUGAGAACACACCCCUACGUAGACGAAAAUGUUUUCGACACCACCAGGUUCUGGUCGGAUCUCUCCAAGGAACUACGGGAGCUGGAUACCAUGCUGGCUGACUUCUCCCGCCGUUUCCCCAGCUCUGUAACCACUUCCCAAGGAGGUAUCGUGGGCAACGAGUACAAAAUCACCAUCAACCUUUCUGGAUUCGAAGAGAAAGACAUUGUUGUGAAGGCACGAGAUGGUUUGGUGAUGAUUCAGGCUAACCACAAAUACGCUGAAGGAAGCGAGAGGAACUACUUGGACGUGAGGACCCUGCCUGACUGUGUGAACGUUACUGGCAACUGGGUGUUCGAGAGGGAAACCUUGAAGAUCACUUUCCCAUUGAAAGAAGGAAGCAUUGUGCCGACUGAGGCGACCACAACGGAACAAAGAGGAUUCGAAACGACUGUGGGACCACGCUUCGCUGGCAGCCGGGAGGAGAUCGAAACCAACGUGAAUGAAGGAGUGCAGGACGUUGAUGUUGGACUAGGAAGAGGAGACCAGGACAAGGAAAUCGACCUGAGAACCAACGAAGUUCCGGAUACUAAUGCCGUAGAAGCCACUACUUACGCCGUUGAUCUUAAAGACGAGGUGGAAUUUGUUCCAGUUAGGUACUAGAGUAUUUUUUUAAUAAAAGUUUUUUUAUACUA